UUGCCCCACGCCCACGAAAGGUAAAAGAACUGCGUUUCACAUACGAAGAAUCGUCGGCCCCUCUCUGAAACAAGCAACAUUGAAUAUCCAGGAGCGAGCAGAUGAAUGAAAAAAAUGGAGAACCCAACAACAAAGAACUCUAUGCUUUGCUGCACAUAUCGCCCGAAGCUUCUGAUGAAGAAAUCAGAAGGGCUUAUCGCCAAUGGGCUCAAGUUUAUCAUCCUGAUAAAUGCCAAUCUCCUCAAAUGAAGGAGAUCGCUACAGAGAACUUUCAACGAGUAUGUGAAGCUUAUGAAAUUUUAACAGAUGAAAAAAAGAGAAUGAUAUACGAUAUUUAUGGUAUGGAGGGACUAAAUUCCGGUCUGGAACUCGGCCCCAAAUUGAACAAAGUUGAAGAGAUAAAGGAAGAACUCGAGAGAUUGAAGCGUCAGAUGGAACAAGAAAAAGUUGCAGCGCAUUUCCAACCUUCUGGUUCGAUUUUGGCAAAUUUGUCGUGGCCUGAUUUUGUAGAUGGUGACGGCAUUAUGAGAGGGAUGGUUAUGGCGAGUGAAGUUCAAACUCAAAUAUCGAAGCACACUUCUCUGGCUAUCGGUGGGAAUUUGGCGGUGAACUCAAAUGCCGGUGGUGGUGCAACGACUGCUAUCCUUAGGCAUAAUUUGUCCCCGGUUUCUUCUGUUGAAUUUAUGGGCUCUAUUGGUUUGCAGUCGUUAUUAGGAAUGCAAUCUUCUCGACAAUUGUCGGUUCACUCUACUGCAAUAAUGGGGAUUACCAUGUCUUUGAGAGAUGGCUCGAUUAAUCUAUCAAACACUUGGAGCCGUCAACUCUCGGAGACAACAAAUGGAAACAUACAUCUCUCUUUAGGUGUAGAAUCAUCUAUAGGUGUUGGCUGGAGAAAGAAAGACGAAAAUAUGUCUGCUUCGGGAGGGAUUAAGAUUGGGACAAGCUCGUUUGGUGCAACUGCUCACUACACUCAUUUCUUUUCCGCUAAAUCACAUGGACGAAUUGCCGGCACAGUUGGAAGUGGUGCACUUGCACUUGAAAUUGGGGGUGGAAGAAAAGUAUCAAAAUCCAGCACUGUUCGAAUGUUAUAUUCCAUUGGAAUUCAGGUAUGGAGUUUUGGCCGCGGCUACUGUUUUGAUACUUCAUUGUAUAUCUGCAAAUUGUCACACCAUUGACCAAACCAUUGACCAAUUCUCAUGAAGUUCACUCUAAAGAUCGCAAGUUUUGCUUUAUCUU